AUGGGAUCGCUCGUGAAAGUCGCUGUGCUAGCGUCUAGCUUGGCCACGGGGGCUCUAUGUUCGCUGGUCUAUGAGUCGCGUGGCGAAGACUCGCCGUUCCCCAUGCCCCUUUGCAAGGGCAUCGACAUCGAAGACGCGGCGAUCGGCACUCUUCAGCGCUGGAUGACUCUAGGAAAUCUCACAAGCCAGGACCUAGUAAGCUGCUAUGCAGCUCGUAUUGAGCAAACAAACGCAGUCCUUCGUUCGGUUAGCGAGGUUAACCCAGACGCCCCGGCCAUCGCCGCUAGCUUAGACGAUGAGCGAAAUGCCAAGGGGAUUAGGGGACCGUUGCAUGGCAUUCCAUUUAUGGUCAAAGAUAACAUCUACACCGACGACAAACAUAACACGAGCGAAGGCGGUCUUGUUUUACUUGGUGGAAGAUAUUCAUCUGAAGCAACCAUUGUGACCAAGAUACGCCAAGCAGGUGGUGUUCUACUGGGGCACACCGCCCUCUCAGAGGCUGCUGACCAUCGGGCGCUCACAAACUUCUCUGAUGGCUAUUCAACUCGCGUGGGGCAGACAAGAAACCCGUUUAACCUUACUCAGCCUACGUCCGGGAGUAGUGGUGGCUCUGCAGUCUCAGUGAGAAGCAACCAGGCGGCGAUUGCCUUAGGAACCGAAACUCACGGCUCUUUGGUUCACCCUGCUGCGCUACUGGGGCUUUACACUAUCAAGACUACUCCUGGGCUGGUUUCCCGCCAUGGUGUUGUCCCUGGAAGCUUCUACCACGACACGCCUGGACCCAUGGCUCGCUCGAUGCGUGAUGUUGCAGUUCUUCUCGACAUCAUGGCCGGACCCGAUCGUUUCGACAAUCUAACAUUCGACGCUCUUGGAAAUUUUCCUAAAAACGGAUAUGCCGCUGAAGUCACCGAUCAGAGUUCUCUUAAAGGCAUGAAACUCGGUCUUCCGUGGAAUCCAUAUUGGUCCACGAUUGGCGCCAUAAACUCGCCGGGUCAGCGAGAGGCAUAUGAGAGCCGCGUUCAUGAGUUGAGAGCUGCUGGAGCCGAGAUUUAUAACAUCACUGAUAUUCCUAACAUUGAGAACGUGGCAAACAAGUACGGCUUUGGUCAGCCAGCUGAUGUACCUGAUGAAUAUGGCCAACUCAUCGCCUAUAACACUCUUCUUGCUGUGGCAUAUGGCGAAUUUCUCCAGAAUUGGACGUUCCCCGAAUCAGACGAGCGACAUGGAAUAAGCAGUCUCGCAGAAAUGGCAGCAUGGAAUGAUGCACACAACGACACUACUGGCGCCCUUGGCAACAGUACCUGGUGGUACAACACGGUUUCAGGACAAGAUUUCUACGACAAUGCCAUCGCAACGAAUGGAACCAUGGGCGACGAGUUCUGGAAAGCCUUCGGUUGGGGCCGGAGGACCGCUCGCGAGGUCAUUGACGGCGGACAUGCGUAUAUCCUCGAUAACGGCACUGUAAUUGAACUUGACGGCUUGCUGGUGCCGAACGAUCCAUCUGGUGGCCACGAUAACGCUUGUGCCUCGAUCCCUUCGUAUGCUGGAUAUCCCGUUGCGUCGGUGCCAAUCGGUCAGAGCGGUUACGGCGCCGCUUUUGGUAUUUGCAUCUACGGGCGGCAAUAUUCUGAGGCGCGAUUGAUCCGCGUCGCGUCGGCGAUGGAAGACCUGUUUCGCUGGACCUCAACCCCGGAGUAUCACAACUAUGAGACUGCUGAGGGGCCGUGGGACGCGCCGUGGCCGGGGUACGUUUGCUCUGAGGAGUCGUUGGAGAGAUACGCUUGCGAUCCCAGUCUUUGA